UCCAAACCUGCACUUCCCCCUUCCAGAGACGGUGUUUUGUAGUUAGUUGUCUCUAGAAAUCAGAUGAAAGAUUCUUAGAUUAGCGCGAAAACGAUCUAAAUUUCAAUUGUUGGGUUUAGCUUAGUUUUUUUCUUUCUAUAUUCACUAUAACUUAAACCAAAAUGUCACAUCAAACUGGAAUAACAGCUUCUCCGGAAUUAAAAGUCUUUUUUGGUACUGCUAAAAGUGAAGGUAUACGGUUUAUGAAGUUAAGUAUUGAAAAUGAAGUGCUAGCUUUAGAGAAACAUUUGUUGCCAAAGGGUGACUGGAAAAGUGAUUAUGAUAAAAUGGUCCUUACCUAUUUGGAUGAUAAGAAACCUUGUUACAUACUAUAUCGCUUGGAUACAAAAAAUAACCUUGGAUAUGAAUGGCUCUUUAUUGCUUGGUCUCCUGACUUUUCACCGGUGCGCGAGAAAAUGGUAUAUGCUGCUACACGGGCAACCUUGAAGUCUGAGUUUGGCGGAGGUGUAAUAAAGGAGGAAUUAUUUGGUACAGUUGAAGAUGAUAUUUCUUUGAAUGGCUUUCUGAAACAUAUAGAAUUCCAAAAGGCACCUGCUCCAUUAACGUUUGCUGAGGAAGAGCUAGAAAUUAUUAAGAAAACUGAAGUGAAUACUGAUGUGAAUAUUGAUACCAAGAAUCAAACUAUGCAAGGUCUAGCAUUCCCUAUAACAAAUGAUUGUGUUGCAGCUUUGGAGCGCCUGAGGAAUGGUUUAAUAACUUAUGUCCAGCUUAGUAUUGAUAUUGAAAGAGAAAGAAUUUGCUUAGAAACUGAAGCCGACAUUGACGUCAGUUCAUUACCAAUGAAAGUGCCUGAUAACCAUGCCCGGUAUCAUUUCUUUAUAUUCAAACAUACCCAUGAAGGAGAUUAUUUAGAGAACAUUGUAUUCAUAUAUUCUACUCCUGGUUAUAGUAUUCCAGUGAAAGAAAGAAUGCUUUAUUCAAGCUGUAAAUCUUGUUUUCUCAGUUAUGUUGAACAGAAUAUGGGAAUGGAAAUUGUCAAGAAGAUUGAAAUUUCUGAGGGUGCUGAAUUAACUGAUGAGUUCUUGCAGGAUGAACUUCAUCCAAAGAAAAAUAUUGCUCGGCAAGCAUUUGCUAAACCAAAAGGCCCUUCAAAUCGAGGACCAAAGCGAAUGAUCAGACCCACUUCAGAUUCAUCUGCAGUUAACUGAGUCGGUUGAUGAAGUAACCAUUGAACCUCAUAUUGGUAACGAAGUGCUAUUCAAAGGAAAAAAAUAAAAAAAUAAAUAUAAAAGUAAAAAAACAAAAACAGCAAGAAUCAUAACUAAGAGAAUAAUUAAUUGACAAAAUCUUGUAUAUUCUCUUUCUCCUCUUCCCAGCUCAUAAGGCAUUUUUAAUUAACAUACCAUAUUCUUUAUGCCCUUUUCUCUGUCUUUCCUCCAUAAAAUGGAGUUAGUAAAAUAUAUUUUUUGUAUUUUCAAUGUUUUUCUUCCUUUUUUUUAUUGGAAAAAGAAAUUUCUAUUUAUAAUUAUGGAACAUUUGAUAAUCCUUGAUUCAAUAUAAUUAUUGAACAUUUGAUAAAUUUUGUUUGAUUGACAAGAGGUAUGUUGUGUAUGAUUGAUGUAAAAGGUGGAGGUUUGAAAUUUCAUUAAAAAAAAACACAAUUUGUAACUGAUUUUUAUAUAUAAAUUUGAAAUAAAUGUUUUAGUAUUUUUUUUUUUUUAGUUGUGGUGGUGAGGAUGGGUGGUAUAAAAUGAUAUUUAAGAAAUGUCUUUUUUAAAAAAAUUUUGUAUUACAUUUAUAGUUGAUUUGAGAAUUAUAAUUUAAAAAAGCAAAUCAACAAAAUUCCAAAAUAUGGUUGAUAUAUAUUUACCCUGUGAAAUAUUUCCAAAUAUUUAAUCUUUCAUUAUUUUAUAAGUGGUGAAGAUUGAUUUAUUUAGUCUACAGAAUAUUUCUAAAUUCCUAUUUAAUCCUAUAUACUAAGUGAAAAGUCCUUUUGUUGCCGUCGUCUUUGUCUACUUCACUACUUGGGUUUUGGCGUGCUCUGGUCAGUUGGUGACUUUGACCCUAUAUGAAUUUCUAUUAUACAUAUACACAGAUGAUCUGUUGGAACAGUUGUUGUCUAUUAUAGUAAAUAUUUCCAGAAACAGUGGGAUAAAAUGCAGUCUCGAAGCUGAUUGGCUGAAUUUGAACUCAAUCAUUUAUCAAUGAAAUUUGUUACAGAUCAGUGCAUUGCCAUCUGUAUCACUCUUACAGAGCUGAUAAUGAUAUCACAACGAAUUAUAUUGAACUAAUAAUAAUAAUAAUAAUAAUGGUUUCAAAUUAUGGCAUAAGACCAGUAAUUUUAGGGAUUGAGGCUUAGUUGCAUGAUUGCAUAUUUUAUGUUUUAAGUUUGCACGUUUUUGAAAUAACUAAGGAUUGAAGUUAAAAUUUCUUAUUUAUUUGAGUGGAUAAAUAAAGUUUGUUGACUAGUCAUCAUUAGACAUGUUCAAGCAACAUCUUGCAAGACUCAAACCAAUUCCAGAAAUCUUUCAUUAUUUGAUAAGCAGUAAAUGAAAUGUGUUGAUGGCUGAGACAAAAGGAUGAUAGACUAAAGUGCAGGACAUACUGUACUUAGUUUCAUCUUUCACAGUUCCAAGUUCAAAUUACAAUAAAGUAAACUCUGAAUUUUCAUUUUUCUCCCUUCAAGUCAACAAAACAGCACUGAUAAUAUACAGGAAUUAACUAUACUUUGCUUCUUUCAAUAUUUGGACUUAUGCCAAAUAAAUCAUUUGAUAAGUAGUAGAUCUUGUUAUUUUAUAUAUGAUUUUUUCCAUUUUUGCUCUUUAGUCUCUCAAAUUGUCUUCUAUGUAUAUAAAGUAUACCGACAAUAAAGAAAAAAACAAGAGAAACACUUUUAAUGAGAAUAUGUUACGGUAGUCAGACACUUUCUAAAUUGUUUUUUUUAUUAUUGAUUUUGUAUUGAUCUAUAUUUCAUGGUUGAAAGUGGGUGUCAGAGAAAAUAAGUAUUUUUGGAUGACAGAAUUGGUGAAGUGCUGGACAAGAUAUGUUGCAUUAUUUAAUUACAUUAAUUUAUAUUCUAAUUUUAAGUCUUACUGGAUUUGAUUUUGUACUUUAUUCUUCCAGGAUUGAUGAAAUAAUUACAAAGCAAAAAUGUGGGUGGGUCAGUUCAAUCAAUUCUACUCUCCUCAAAAAAUCUGUGAUCCUCUGCCAGUGUACAGAACCAUUAUUUGUAUUAUUAUUAUUAUUAUUAUUAUUAUUAUUAUUAUUAUUAUUAUUCAGUAGUUUUAUUUUUAUAGCGUGCUUUCACUUCACUACCAAGCACAGCUCUGUGUGCCUUGGGUAUGUGCUGUGUUUUGCGUAGGAUGUGUGCAGUGCCCAGUAGUGCAGUUUUCUGUAUGUUAUAUAUAUUUGUAAGUCCUGGUGUUUUUGUUAUGUAUUUGUCUGAAUGUUUUGUUUUGUAUUUGUCUGAAUAUUCCUACUAUGAUAGGAAUUGUUUCUGUUUUUAGAUUCCACAUUCGAAUUACCUCUGUUUCCAGGUCUUUGUAUUUUGAAAGUUUCUCCAUUUCUUUUAGAGAAAUGUUGUCAUCUGCUGGUAUUGAUACAUCAAUUAGAAAGCAUUUUUUUUCUUUUAUUACUAUUACUAUUAUUAUUAUUAUUAUUAUUAUUAUUAUGGAAAUGAUAAUAAUGGUUUAAGUAAUUAAAAAUGGAAAAAGUUGCAGGGGAAUGGCAGAAUCUUAAGAACAUUGAACAAAAUGCUCGCAGUAUUUGUUUCACUCUUUGUGUUCUGAGUUCAAUUCCUGCUGAAGUCAAAUUUGCUACUCACCCUUCUCAGAUCAAUGAAAUAAGUACCAUCAAGUAAAUUUAAUUGACUAACCCCUACCUCUUAAAUUUAUGGCUGUGUCCCUGCCUAUGUUAGAAAUUAUUAUUACUAUGAAAAAUGAUAGGACUGAUUACAUUUAACAUUUUUUAUUUUGUUCUCUUCCACUAAAUUUUAAGUUCAAACCCUCUUGGGUCAUGUUACCAGGUUAAACACAUUGACCCUAUCCAUCCCCAACAAUUAUGUGGUUUUGUGCUAAUGUAAUAAAUCAUUAUUAUAAAAAGCUUGAAUUUGUAGAGUUGCUAAAGUGUGAAACAAAAACCCUUGCUGUAUUUCUUGCAGCUCUUUUUGCUCUGAGUUCAAAUCUUGCUGAGGUUAACUUUGCCGUUCAUUCCCCAUGUGAUUAAUAAAAUAAAGUACCAGUCUAGUACAGGGUCAAUUUAAUCAAUUAAGUCCCUGCUAUCAAAUAGCAGGCUUUCUGCUUAAAUUUUAAAUUAUUAAAAAGAGUGGUGGAUUAGCAAAAUUGUUAAGAGUGUUGGACAAAAUGCCUUGUAUAUAUUCAAACUCUGCAUUUUGUUUACAUUUUGGAUUCAAAUCUUACUCAAGUUAGCUUUGUUUUCCAUUCCUCCAAGGAUGACAAAUUAAAUACCAGUUAAGUACCGAAGUUGACAUAAUCCACUAACCCUCUACCCUAAGUUUCUGUUCUUGUACCUAUGUUAGAAACAUUAUUAGAGGCAGCUAAUGGCUGAAUUGACAGAUCAAGAUUCCUUGCUGUAUUUAGUUAUGUCCCUUUACAUUCCCAUCAAGUUAACUGACCCUUUUAUCCAACCAGGGUUUAUGAAAUAAUUUACCUUUCAAAUAUGGAGUGUCAGUAUAACAACAAAUUUGUAUCUUUGUGCCUAUAGUCUCAUACUGUAUGACAUUAGAUUUAAAUGUUGUAGAGUAUCUAAUUUUGUUUCUUCAGAUUCCAGUGGGAGAAAAGCAAAGUGCAAAGCCCACCCUAGAAGAUUUGAAAUUUAUAAUUUAGAGAGAUAAAAGUAAAUAAUGCCAUCUAACAUAGGCUCAAGGCCACAAAAUUUAUGGGAAGGAGGAAGAUUUGAAUCACUUAUGUGACUGGUACUUUAUUUUAACAAUUCUAUAAGAAGAAAAAACAGCAAAUUAUUCCCUGGUUGAUGAAAUUAAAAAGUACAAGGUAUUUAAUUAAAUGUUUUUCAGUAAAUUAACAUGACAUUUUAAGGUACAAAAUGUUGAAGGGGAAAUAUUUUGAAAAAUGUAUUUAAGACUGGACUUGUGUAAUCAUUGAAAUAAAUGAUAGUUGUAGAAUGCAACUAGUUGGAUAGAGUGCAAACUUCACUUGAAGGUGGAGACUAUUCAAAUUCAGUUGAGAUGAAAUUGUGUAAUUUUUUUAGCAAAUUUUUAAAAAUAAAAUAAAAUAAUGUA